UGAGAAUUGAGUUAAUAUGAACAGGAAUAUCCUGUAUUUUAUUUUUCUAAUUUUGCUAACCGCAAGCAUUUUCAGUACUUCAGCUUACGACAUUUUUGAAGGACUUUUUAAACAAGGCGCUAGCUGUUUUGAACCCAGUGAUAUGGAAGGUUGUAAUGCUACGUUGGUAGAUAGUUUCACUCCUACCCACAAAGGACUGGGUACCAACAAGCCCACAACAGAAAUUGUCCUCUUUACUGAAGAUAAUCCUGAAAAGCCAGAAUUCCUUCACCUCUGCGGUGGAAAACUUCCAUCAAAUAGUAAAUUCAACCCGGAAGCAAAUACGGAAAUAUUCGUUCAUGGAUGGUUAGACGGAGUAUGCCGAACAGCAUGGAUGAGAGAAAUGAAAGAGCAACUACUGCAAAGGGGGAAUUAUAACGUAAUACUUUUUGACUGGACAUGGGGCAACACACCUGACUAUGCUGUAGCUGCUUCGCACACAAAAACCGUAGGGCAACAAAUGGCAUUUGUAAUUAAAAAUAUAAUGCAACAGAAAAAAGUUAGCGCUGAAACAUUCCACAUCAUUGGGCACAGUUUCGGUUCCCACAUAGCAGGUUUUGCUGGAAAACAAAUAAAGAACUUACGCAGAAUUACAGCUCUGGAUCCAGCCCUAGCUCCUUUUAAAGGUGUGCCUCCAGAAGAACGUCUAGAUUACAAGGAUGCAAAAAUUGUGGAUGUCAUACAUAGCAACGCUGGAGAAUGCUUUAUUGAAGCCUUAGGUGCGGCUGAGCAAUUGGGUCAUGCAGACUUCUACCCAAAUGGUGGAACUGUCCAAAAAAGCUGUAUACCCUACAUUUUCAUCUCUUUUCUCAAAGGAGAUUUUUUAUAUGCACUGGUUUCCUUAUCGCCGACACUAUGCAACCAUGUACAAUCCAUUCAGUACUAUAAAGUGUCGAUCAAUGCAAGUCCCUGCCAGUUUAUAGGCUUAGAGGCUAAAACCUAUGAGCAGUUUAAAUCGGAAGACGUAACACAUCGUUGCUAAAAAAAAAGGCGAAACUGUGCAGUGAUGGGUAUGGAUUAUGAAAUCUAUCGUUACAGAGGAGACAUGAAAAGAAGAAAAUUUUUCCUAGACACUACACUUAAUUGCCCUUAUGUUGAUAACAAUUCUAUUGACGUAGGAAGAUUUCCAGCUAAUGUAUCUUGUGAAAAGAAUGCAUAAAAUCGUCAAGGUGUUUUUUGUGUAGUUUAUAAAACUAUUUCUUGUAUUGAUUUCGAAAUGUUGUUACUUUUUCUUGAAAUAAAGCAUGUACGUUUCACUUUCGAA